CAUUUCUUUGCACGUCGAGAAGGCAUGACUUCUUCGCCUUUCCCUUCCCUCGGCUCUAUUCUGAUAGUUUUGCUUGCUUUAAUAGUUAAUGCGAAUGGAGAAUCAAGAAGCCAUCACAAGGUUAACGUUUCCUCCUUGUUGCCAAGAAAAGUGUGCUCCAAUUCCAUAGAUGCCCUCUCUAACGUUACGAGACUACGCUUGGUUCACCGGCACGGUCCGUGCUCGCCGGCGGUGAGGCGCCGGAGAUCGAAUUUCGAAGCUGAGAUUCUCGCCCGUGACCAAUUACACGUCGGCUUCCUCCGCCAACGGAUCGCGGCCGCCGAGCUCGGUGGCGGCGGCACUUCCCCUGCAUCAACGAGAGCGGCGCCGUCGACGAAGAUUCCCGCCCGCAGCGGCGCAUCCGUCUCCGCCGGCGACUACAUCGUCACCGUGGGACUCGGCACCCCGCCAAAGGCCCAGACGCUGUUCUUUGACACCGGCAGCGACGUCACGUGGGUCCAGUGCCAACCCUGCACCGUUUCCUGUUACCGCCAACUCGACCAGCUUUUCGACCCGGCUUCCUCGGCCACCUACGCCAACGUCACGUGCGCCUCUGCCGCUUGCUCAGACCUCGAUGCGUUGGACUGCAGCGACGGCACGUGUAUCUACGGCGUGUCCUACGGCGACGGGUCCCAGAGCGUCGGGUUCUACUCGUCGGACGCGCUGGCGCUGACGCCGUCGGACGCGGUGCCGCGAUUCCUGUUUGGUUGCGGCCAGGCCAAUGAGGGCCUCUUCGGCCUGGCCGCGGGGAUCCUCGGCCUCGGCGGCGGCCGGCCGUCGCUAGUGACGCAGACAAUGAAAAAGUACAACGGCGUGUUCGGCUACUGCCUGCCGGCGUCGGCGAGCGAUACCGGCUACUUGGCCUUCGGCGACAGCGGGAGCACCAAUCCGACUGUUAAAUACACGAACAUGUUGAGGGACGCGAAAACGCCGACGUUCUACUUCAUCAAUCUGAUAGGAAUCAGCGUCGCCGGCCAGCGGCUGCGCAUCCCGCCGUCGGUCUUCGCCAAAGCCGGUACGCUGAUCGACUCCGGCACCGUCAUCACCCGGCUUCCCCCGGCGGCCUACGCCUCGCUUCGCUCGGCCUUCCGUGGGCGUAUGUCGAGGUACAAGAAAGCGCCCGCAGUGUCGAUCCUCGACACCUGCUACGACCCGACGGGGCGCGGGGAAGUGAAACUGCCGGCAGUGGCGUUGCUGUUCCCUGGCGACGUGUCUGUGAACCUGGCCCCGGAGGGGAUCGUGUACACCGUGAACGAGUCUCGGAUUUGCCUGGCCUUCGCGGCCAACGACGGGGACGACGACGUGGGCAUCCUGGGGAACGUGCAGCAGAGGACGUUCGGUGUGCUUUACGAUGUGCCGAAGAAGAAGAUCGGAUUUGCAGCCGGAGGCUGUUAAGCUAAUCGAAGAAUGUCAACAGGGACAAUUGUAAAAGAACAUUACCACUAAUGUCUAUCCUAAUAAACAGUUCGAGGGUCAUUAAGGGAUAACCUCGUUUAACAUC